ACGACGUGCGCAUGUCGCCGCCAUCUCUUUAGGUAGUAGAGCCAUCAACUCUUCACGACCGUUGACAUUUUCUGGAGACUAGAAAAUUAAAAUUUUCCUUCUUUAUUAUUUUCCUGAAAAAAAAAAAGGAAAUCAUUCCCAGUUUUCGAUCUCUCUACGCUUCUUUUUGGACCCAAGAGCUAAUGACGAUGUCUCGCCGCGGAUUGUUGUUGAUGUUCGUAGCAGUCUUCCUUGUCCUGAUUCAGUCAUCAACUGCUCUGAUUAGUUCUCCAAGCUCUAUCAUCAACCCUUCUAAAGUCAAACAAGUUUCUUCAAAACCCAGGGCAUUUGUGUAUGAAGGUUUUCUAACGGACCUGGAAUGUGAUCAUUUGAUCUCCCUUGCAAAAGAGAAUCUACAGAGAUCUGCGGUUGCUGAUAACGACAAUGGAGAGAGUCAAGUCAGUGACGUUCGGACCAGCUCCGGCACGUUUAUCUCCAAAGGAAAGGAUCCUAUUGUUUCUGGUAUAGAGGACAAGCUCUCCACAUGGACAUUCCUCCCAAAAGAAAACGGGGAGGAUCUUCAGGUGCUGAGAUAUGAGCACGGUCAGAAAUAUGACGCUCACUUUGACUACUUCCACGACAAAGUCAACAUCGCCCGCGGUGGACACCGUAUAGCAACCGUUCUCAUGUAUCUUUCCAAUGUCACAAAGGGUGGAGAAACUGUUUUCCCUGAUGCAGUGGAGUCUUCCCGCCUCAAGCUUUCUGUAAACAAAGACGACCUUUCUGAUUGUGCAAAGAAAGGAAUUGCUGUGAAACCAAAGAAAGGAGAUGCACUGUUGUUCUUCAACCUCCACCAAGACGCAACCCCAGACACCUUGAGCCUUCACGGAGGCUGUCCUGUGAUCGAAGGAGAGAAAUGGUCAGCGACCAAGUGGAUUCACGUGGACUCGUUCGAUAAGAUUGUGACGCAUGAUGGUAGCUGUUCGGAUGCAAACGAGAGCUGUGAAAGAUGGGCAGUGCUUGGAGAAUGCGCAAAGAACCCUGAGUAUAUGGUGGGAACUCCAGAGCUCCCUGGAAACUGCAGGCGUAGCUGUAAAGCUUGUUAAAGAGUUUAAAUUUAUGUUCUCUCUCUUUAUGACUGUAACCUUAAGUUUUCUUUAUUGAUCAAACUUUUUUUUGUAAUUUUUUUUUUUGUCUCUGGUGAACUACUUGUUCCUUGAUGAGACCCCUCUUGUUCUUGAAUCAGUUACCUAUUUUCUUUAUCAAUGGACUCUCUAUUUCAGUUA